CCAUCCUGUUAGGCUGCAAUAGAUUGUAAUGGGUUGCUUAAAUUCACUUCGGAUGGGGGCGAAAAAAUGUCCACCAACCGCCCUGCCCCACCCUGUCCUGUAUUUUUUUCAGAUCAAAACUACCCAAAACCACCCAAAACUAAACACCACCCAUCCCAUAAAGCAGCAGUCAGGAGCCGGUGGCCCUCCAAAUGAACUCCCAACUGCCAUGAGACAAAGUUAGCAUGGCUAGGGCUCAGGGAUGGUGGGAGUUGUAGUCUAGCAACUCCAUUGCUGCCCAUCCCGUCCCAUUUAAACUUCACGCUUGGAAUCCUUCAGCGGAAUAAGAGGAUCGAUCUCUCUCUCUCUCUCUCUCUCUCUCUUGAAGCCCGCAGCGCCAUAGGUUGGAACCGCGUUCCAAAGCCAGCCCAUCCGGCGCAUCUUCCCGGUUCACAUCAAAAGAAAGCAUGCUAAUAAGCUCCGCUCGCUGGCGGCGUCGAUUUGCUGCUUCUUCGAGGGGGCGGAGUUUCAGGGGGCGGUGUCUCCGUGCCCGGGGGUCAGGUCCCAAAACCUCGUUGAACGGAUCCGCGAGAAACAAUCUUUCCCCCAGGAAACCGCUGCUGACGAGCUUCGCGAAGGGGCCCGCGGUUGCGUGCGCGCUGCACGUCGGAAUCAGCCCAGUCCCUUGGCCCCUUUGUGCAGGUUUUUUCCCCCUCCCCUGCCCUCUUGGCUUGCAAUUGAUGCUGCUGAUCCAGGAAGAGAAGACUGUCUCCUUGAACUGUUGAGCCCCAAUCGAACUGAGCAUUGGGGGCGGAGAGAGGGGGCUUCUUUUUUGGGGGGGUGGCGGCUUUGUUUUAUCUAUUUAUUUAUUUAUUUAUUUAUGUAUUUAUUUUCCCUCCGCACCUCGGGUUUUUUUUGCAAGCAGCUGAGCUGGGGACUCUGAUGCACCCGUUCCAGUGGUGUAACGGAUGCUUCUGUGGUUUGGGGCUGGUUUACACCAACAAAUCUUGCGCGAUGCCUCCCAUCACAUUCCAGGACUUGCCGCUGAAUAUCUACAUGGUGAUUUUUGGCACUGGGAUCUUCGUCUUUGUGCUCAGCCUCAUCUUCUGCUGCUACUUCAUUAGUAAACUUCGACAUCAGGCACAGAGUGAAAGAUUUGGAUACAAAGAGGUGGUUUUAAAAGGUGAUGCCAGAAAGCUAAACUUACAUGGGCAGACUUGUGCCGUCUGCCUAGAAGACUUUAAAGUGAAAGAUGAGCUGGGAGUGUUGCCAUGCCAACAUGCCUUCCACAGAAAGUGCCUCGUGAAAUGGCUGGAAGUUCGCUGCGUCUGCCCCAUGUGCAACAAGCCCAUCGCAGGCCCUGCAGAGCCUCACCAGAGCAUUAGCAUCCUCUUGGACGAGCUGGUGUGACGUCCAGCCUCCCGCUUCCCUCUAAGCAGACCUUCUACUGACACAGAGGAUUGCCUGGGUGCGGGGUCCGCACUAAAACUCGUGCCCCCAGCUGCAGAGACUUCCCACUAGGGACUGUCUCCUCCUUGAAGGAGGAGGCAAAAGGGGAAUUGUAUCUAGUGCCAACAAGCUGGCCUUGUUGUGCGUCCCCGGCCUGGGGGCAAAUUUUGGGGGAAGGUCGGUCAAACCUGUGCCAGGACCUGCAUUUGUCUUUGUCCUCCGGCACACAAAAGGGCUUGGGAGCAGAGGACAUCUUAACAAGGACAACACAAGUCUCUCGCACUUGGUUUCUACAACAGGACGUUACGAUGCCAAGUCUUGAGAUCAGAGUCUUCCCUGAAAUCAGAACCAAUUCCUGGGUUCCCCACCCACCCACCCCUCGGCUCUUUUAGCAGGCCUGAUGAACUCUUUCUAGGAAGCCAAAUCCCCAACCCCACUUGGGCCCCUCCUUGGAGGGUCCGUUAUACGAUUAAAAUCGGAAGCUUUAGCUUGGGCACCGCCUGAUCUAGACCAAUCGCAGGGUUCUUCUCCGCAAAACCUAGAGUCCAUGUUUACAGUAAGACUUAAAUGGAAACCUCCUGGCUGCUGCAGAAGACACUCCCCACCAAAAUCCAUGUCCACACCGUGAAUUUUGAAGCACUCCUGCACUGCUACAAAAGCCAGGGCUUUCCUAAAGGAAUCCUGGAACUGUGGUUUGAGGGUAUGGAGAAUUGUAUAGGAUACAGCUAUAGUUCCCAGAAGCCUUAACAAAUUUGAGUUUGCAGGAUUCUUUGAGGGGAGCCAUGACUGUUCAAAGUGGUGCAAGAGUGCUUUAAAUGUAGGGUGUCGAUGUGACCUGUGGCCUGCAGAGCACAAAGGUGUUUUUGCCUUUUCCAUGUAGCUGCAUUAGA